GUUCAUGGACCCGAGCAACGCCGGAGUGCCGGCAACGCCGGCGGAGCUGCGCAGGCGAGGCUACGCGGGGCCCCAAGUCAUGGGCACGUCAGAAAUCCUGGACGUCCCUCCGGACGGACACUGUCUGUUCUCGUGCGCACUUGCCGCCCGGGACGUAGAGCGCCUGAGAAGCCUGAACUACGACGACAGCGGCUUCUUGCGGUCCAGUCGAGAGGACCGCGAGCUACGCACGGCCUGCCGCCGGCUUCGGGAGAUGGUGGGCGGCAUCGCAAUCGAGGAUGGACGUGCAGACGUGGUGGAACAGCUGGGGAGCGCCAAUCUCCCGGAGGGAGCCGUGCUGACCUAUGUGGCACGUUGGCUCGGCGGGACCUUGCUCGUGACCACCGAGGGUGCAUCCUCGGAAUACGAUCUCCUCUUCGGGGAAGGGCCUCUGGUCUGCAAGUUGCAACUCGGCACGGUCCACGACGGCGCGGGCGGCAGCUCGCCGCACUUCCGCCUCGCCGGAAGCUGGAUGCAGCAACAAUCCACCAGCAGCGGCAAGAAACGCAGGCGAGACCAGAUAGAGGCGGACGGUCCGGAAGAGGAGAUGGAGUCGAGCAACAGCGUCUUUGCGAGCGGUGCGGGCCUGGCCCCCGCGAAGCGAGGCUACGGACGAACCGGGCCACAGCAAUGGCUUGCCACAUGCACUUUCUUGCAGGUCAUGAAGGAAGGUAGAUGUGGGCUGCAGUUUGCUGGCUCAACGAGUGAAGCGAGAGAGGAGGGUCCCUGGAUCAUCCUCGCAGCCAUGUGGGGUAAAGCUUGGAGCAAAGGCAGCAAGGCCGGCAAGCACGGUAAAGGAACCUCGAAGGGCGCAGAUCACUCGCAGGAUGCCUGGAGCGGAGCACCGUGGAGUACGACCGGGAAGGGGGCCUGGACCGGAACGACGGGAGCCUCGGAUGGGUACUCUUCUGCCGGAAGCCAUGGAUACGACGCCUGGACGUCGGCACCGGGCGCGGCCAAGGGCUGGGAACAGUCCGCGGGCGGCAAAGGCAAGGAGCAACCAAACGGAAAGGGUCAGGAGUGGGUGCCCCGGCUAGAAGGCAAGUACGCGCUCGCCAAGACGGUUCUGAGGCCCUACGCAGACGAGCGUGGGCAAGCAGUCUACGCUCAGAGCUCGGUGUCGGACUUCUUUGACAAGCAGCACAUGCGGCAAAUCAUCGAUUCUCGCAACUCCGAGCUGGCGCGGAGACCCGCAAUCGGAGUGUCGGUGGUGAGCAGCUCCAUGCUGGCACUGGCCGGCCUGUUCGAGGAAGAUGAAACCGAGGACGAUCGCAAAUUCCAGGCAGCACUGCAGCAUCUGCACGAGCUCUUCUCCGGGAGGGACGGCGCAGCCUUCAAGAAGGCGUGCGAGAUCCUCUCCAAGGAUCGCAACAACAGCAAUUCGGCAGAGAAACGGCGAAAGGCCGUGGAGACUUGGUUGGCCUUCUUUCGCGCGAACAAAGAGAUCCUCCAAAGGUCUCUUCCGCCAGUGCUGCAAAGGACGAGCUUGCUGUACCUGGGGGGCAUGCAAGCGUUGGAGGCCAGCACGCUGUCCAACGCGCUUGGCAAUUGGAGCAGCAAGAUUCCGACCACAGUGACGAACGAGGCGUCCCUCUCCCGGUGGCAAGCGUCGCCAAAGACACUGAAGCUGCUGGUAGACUACCUGGUGGAGGCAUUUGGCCAGCGCCACGCAGACGAUGCAGCUUGGAAGCGGACCUACGGUGGCAUGGGUGGAGACAGCGACGACGAAGGCGGCGACAAGGACGCGGAUGGGCUCGCCUGGGGCCUUCCAGCGCCAAUCGAGCAGAAGCGCGCGAAGAGAGACGAGUCUUCCUCGACCUCCAGCUCGAAAGUCCGCCGCAAAGCCGCCAGGCGCGAGAAGAGGCGCAAACAGGAGAAGGAAGCAAAAGCCACGAGGACCGGGAGGGACCGGAAGGAGAAGAAGUCGAAGAGGACGCAUCUCGAGGAGGGCGCAGAGAAAGAUGCUACCCUGGACAUGGACCUGGACUCGGCGGAAGGCACGAAGAACGAGAAGAGCAGACCCGACAGUGACAUCUCCACAUCUUCGAGCCGCAGACGUCGGCAGAAGGCCGCCAAGCGGGAGGACAAGCACGAGGAGAAGCGCAAGGUCAGGAAGGCAGACAAACCUGCCGGGGAAGACAAACGGGAGAAAGUGGCGGAAGCGCCGGAGCUAGACGAGGGCGCGGACGAGGUCCGGACGGAUGAUACCGUGGAGGCAACAGCGAUCAAAAGAAUAGCUAAGCGAGUCUAG